UCGCCGCCGCCGCCGCUGCCGAGAUGCUGCUGGCCGUCUGGGGCUUCCUGAAGCGCCACAAAAAGAAAUGCUUCUUCCUCGGCGCUUUCCUGGGCGGAGUUUAUGUGCUUGGAAAAUAUGGACAGAAAAAAAUGAGAGAAAUUCAAGAAAGAGAAGCAGCGGAAUACAUAGCACAAGCACGAAGGCAAUAUCAUUUUGAAAGUAACCAGAGGACUUGCAAUAUGACAGUUCUAUCAAUGCUUCCAACAUUAAGGGAUGCUUUGAUGUAUCAGUUGAAUUCCGAGAGUCUUACUUCUCUACUAAAAAAUAAACCAGCCAACAAGUUAGAAAUAUGGGAAGACUUGAAGAUUAUAAGUUUUACAAGAAGCAUUGUAGCUGUGUAUAGCACAUGUAUGCUUGUAGUUCUUUUACGAGUCCAAUUAAACAUUAUUGGUGGAUAUAUCUACCUGGAUAAUGCAGCAGUUUGCAAAAAUGGCACAACACUUCUGGCUCCCCCUGAAGUCCAACAGCAAUAUUUAUCGAGUAUUCAACACCUUCUGGGAGAUGGUUUGACUGAAUUAAUUACUGUGGUUAAAAAGGCUGUGCAGAAUGUAUUUGGGAGUAUUUCUCUGAAACAUGCUCUUUCCCUCUUGGAUUUGGAUGAGAAGCUAAGAGAAAUUAGGAGAGCAAUAGAACAACCUGAAGACAAACUCUCAUCUGAAGAAACUGGGUCCCAGUCUCUGCUGUGUCGUUAUAUGUUGCCAGAUGAAGAGAAUCCUUUAGCUUCCCAGGCCAAUGGACUUACCGAAAAAGAUGUUACUACUAUUAAAUUACUCAGUGAAACAAGGGACAUGUUGGAAAGCCCAGAUUUUAAUAGAGUUCUGAGCUCUUGCUUAAAUAGAGGAUUCAGUAGAUUAUUGGACAACAUGGCAGAAUUCUUCCGACCCACUGAACAAGACAUGUGCCAUAGUAGUUCCACAAACAGUCUUUCUAGUGUCAGCCUUCCUUUAGCCAAGAUAAUUCCAGUAAUUAAUGGACAAAUCCAUUCAGUCUGCAGUGAAACACCUAGUCACUUUGUGCAGGACCUGUUAAUGAUGGAACAAGUGAAAGACUUUGCUGCUAAUGUGUAUGAAGCAUUCAGUACUCCUCAGCAACUAGAGAAGUGAGCUGCCCUGCAAGAUGAGACAAAGCCUUUGUAGUACCCCAUCAUUUUGAAUCUUUAAUAAGGAAAUCUCAUUAUCUGAAUGAUUUAGGAUUAUUAACCUGACAAAAAGGACUAGUAAGAAAUGCAACUUCUAGUUUUGAUAUUGAUAAAGAUUGCAGCAACUGACUGAAAUAAACUUCAGUGAGGAAAAAUCAAUGUGCUGUACUUCUUUGUAUUAAGGCAGUCUUAUGGAUAAAUUGUUUACAGAAGCAAAGAACAUUCAUGAUUAUGUUUUGGAUGCUAUAUACGUAGCUUUAUAAUUGGGCAGACUGCAAAACAAGGGGCUUCUAGAUGAAGUUUCUCUGAAUGACAGUAGCUCUCAAGUAGAGUAGAAUUUGGCCUGCCUGCUUUCUCCACAAGCUGUUCAAGUUAUCAAAAGCUUUCCUAAAAUGUUCAUUAUGCCUCCGGCUAUAUAACAACAUCAUUGUGUGGAGAUUACAGCCAGGCCCUCUGAUCACUUUUCUAUCUCCUGCCCCAAGUCAGUCUGAGAAUGUAUAAUAGUGGGCCAUGUUGCCUUCCAUACUUGGGACCACUGGUACUAAGUAGAACGUCUUCUCUCAGUAAUGCAAUGCUGGGUGCUAGUUCCACUGUUUCAGAGUUGAAAUAGAUGGUUUCUAGCAAACAUUAUAUUUACGCUGUUUAUGAACAGCCACUGCUGUACACAUUCAUUUUGUAAAUAUUUUUAACUUGUAUUAAGAAGCCCUAUGAAAUAUCUGAAUCUCAAUAAACUAUUUUAAAGAUGA